AUGCCAAACAUCAAGCUCUUCACUGGCAGCUCCCACCAGGACUUGGGUCAGAAGAUUGCUGACCACCUGGGCCUCGAGCUCGGCAAGGUGGUGACGAAGAAAUUCAGCAACCAGGAGACGAGCGUGGAAAUAGGCGAGAGCGUGCGCGGCGAAGACGUGUACAUCGUGCAGAGCGGCUGCGGCGAGAUCAACGACAACCUCAUGGAGCUCCUGAUCAUGAUCAACGCCUGCAAGACGGCGUCGGCGCACCGGCUCACGGCCGUCAUGCCCUGCUUCCCGUACGCGCGGCAGGACAAGAAGGACAAGAGCCGGGCCCCCAUCUCGGCCAAGCUGGUGGCCAACAUGCUGUCCAUCGCGGGCGCCGACCACAUCAUCACCAUGGACCUGCACGCCUCUCAGAUCCAGGGCUUCUUCGACAUCCCCGUGGACAACCUGUACGCGGAGCCCGCCGUCCUGAAGUGGAUCCGGGAGAACAUUUCCCAGUGGAGGAACUGCACGGUCGUGUCCCCAGAUGCGGGGGGCGCUAAGAGGGUCACCUCCAUUGCGGACCGCUUGAACGUAGACUUCGCCUUGAUCCACAAAGAACGGAAGAAGGCCAACGAGGUGGAUCGCAUGGUGCUGGUGGGAGACGUGAAGGACCGGGUGGCCAUCCUGGUGGACGACAUGGCUGACACCUGCGGCACCAUCUGCCACGCCGCCGACAAGCUCGUCUCGGCGGGAGCCACCAAAGUUUAUGCCAUCCUGACUCACGGCAUCUUCUCGGGCCCGGCCAUCACUUGCAUCAACAACGCCUGCUUCGAAGCGGUCGUGGUCACCAAUACCAUCCCUCAGGAGGAUAAGAUGAAGCAUUGCCCCAAAAUACAGGUCAUCGACAUCUCCAUGAUCCUGGCCGAAGCCAUCAGGAGAACUCACAAUGGCGAGUCUGUUUCUUACCUGUUCAGCCACGUCCCUUUAUAA